UGGUGUCCAGAAAUUAGAUGAACGGCCAUUAAAGGCUGCUGCUUGGGAUUUAUAGAUGCGAUGAAGUGGAACGACCGUAAAAUAACGACACUAUUGUCGUUAUUUAUCAUCACUAGCUUAUGGACGUUAAGCGAGGCUUACCGGGGAUCCGUUCGAUUUACAUCGGGCACCCAGAGCAUUGAGUCACAAAAUGUACGUGAAUUACCAUCAGCUUCCGGCGAAGAACCCGUGACAGUGGCAAAAGCGCGACCUGUUCGAAGGCGACCAAUACCCACAGCAGCUACCUUGCCGGUAGAAUCAAGAACCGGCAAAGAAAGAAGACGUGGUUUUAGAGAUGAACCCACACCAUCUACGGCCAGUGUCGAGCAUGUAGAUGUACAAGGAUCAUCCAGUCGCACGACUGGUACGAAUCGGCGUGUGAAGCAAAAUCUUGUGGCUUCCUCGUUGCGGUCGGAAAUAGCCGCACAAAACGCGUUUGAAAGACGUUUUGAUAGCGACAAAGAGCAAAUUAUUUCGAAUGCUUUGGAGCCAGCAAAAAAGGAAAAUCUUCCCCUGUCCAGACGACGACCUAAGAGCAGAAAUUUUGACCAAGAACCUUCAUCCACCACCUCAAGCACCAACGUUGUAAGCGACCGGGGCGGACCGAAGAGAGCAAACACAUUAACAACUUUAAGUCCGAACCUUUCGAAUGAAGUGCUGCGAGAAGAAUUAAGUGGACCGACGCAACGUUUUAUCUCACGAGGGCAAACAAAAGGGUCGAACCUUGUUGCUGCAAGCAAGCGCGAUGAAGGCUCCUCGGAGGAAAACUAUCCAGAACCGUUUAAGAAGCUAUUGAAAGCGCAGCUUAAUGAUGAUAAAUUGAAGACAGUGUACGUGAAAAAUUUGGAAACCACUACCAAGAAACCAAGCGUGCCCGAGCGUAGGAAAAUUCAAUCCACAACCGUCUCCAGCACGCUGAAAGCAUCAACUACGGAACCCUCUGUCACUGCUAACAAAUCUAAUCAAGAUGGUGCUCGACGCAUCGUACAACAACCGAGGGAACAACCCGUCAUAAAAGAAAACAAAUUUCCACAGCGUUCCACCGUACCACCGAAGUACAGAGAACAAACGCAUAGAAGUGAGCAGUUUUCACAAACGAACAAUACAUCCUCGGAGACUGUUCUACAAACGCUGCGCUCCACCAAGAAAAGCAGCUCGUCCGAAACGUCCGCCGAGCAGCUUUCGUCAGUACGACAGCUUACUGUACGGACACGGUACAGCGAACGCAGUGAGCAGUCAUCGAACGAGAGAUUUAGUAUUGUGCCGAAAGCUUCGGAUGAAGUUGAGGAGACGAAAGCUGCUAAUUCAAAUGUCCGACCGGCGAUCGAAGCUAGGAAGCGGGUUACAAAUCCAGUCGAACGUCAGGUUCGUGGCAAUGUUAGGGUAUUAAGUACGACUACUCCAGGCCCAACGACAACUGUGAAGCUGAUCACGCCAAGGCCCGUUCGAACGUAUACGAGAAAGCAGAACACUUUGAGCUAUCUUACGUCAACUACCACGGAAGCGACAACCACGACACGAAAACCAUUUUCACCCGCACCGAGGGCGGCAUCUCUGGCACAGCGUAAGCCACCGAUAGGGUCUGUCGAAAGGAAUGGCUUAAAAUCCAGCUCUGGGCGUAGCGCAAACCAACCGUCAGUGGACGAUCGGGCAAACUUUAUUGGAAAUUCGCGUGAAGUAACCCAAACAACGACGGAUGAAAUUGAAGCAGGACCUCAACAAAUUUCUCUCCUAUACACAAACCCGGUGGAAUAUCUACGAAGAAAACAAAACUUGGCUAAAUCUUCCAAGAGUUCUCCUGUCAAAAGCACAACUUCUACCACAAGAGCAAACGAAAGCUUUACAAAGUCAUCGGUAAAGCAAGUAACACGUAAACCGUCACUGUCCACAAGACCAAAUCCGGUCUCUGGUAAAACUAGCUCCAGUAACGGGUUUAAACGGCUCUCAUCUUAUUCAUCCAUUCGGUCAAACAAAAAACCUGCCGUAUAUACGCCAACUAUUCCUACAUUCACGACGCUUUCGACGGUAAAGGUUAGCCCCGAUGGUCAAAUUAUACAAAAGCCCGCUAACUCCAGCACAAAACUGCCAAGCCGCAUCGCUAGCCUAUCUUCCCACUCCACCACCGCUGCACUAGCUAACGAAAUCGAUCUCGACGAUGACGAUAGUAGAGUCGCGAUCAAGUCAACCGAUCAGUACGAUACGGCGGACAUCGUCGAAGAUUACAUCGAAAAUGAGUUGCAGCUGGAGGAGGCUCAACGCAAGCUAUCGUCGACAGUGCACGAUCGUACGUCGGAAGGCACCGACAAACAGAUCGCUCCCGUUUCGUCUGGUUUGACCCAGAGCCGCAUCGACAUUGACACACCGAGCCAUCGGGUGCAGGACGUGCCGUCUGCCGUGACCGUGUCGAUAUUCAGCGCUCUGUCCGAGAUCCUUUCGCAACCUACCGAAAGUUUACAAUUUUUGUCCUCCAGCACCGAUGCACCCACUUCUACGUCUGCAUCUUCAACAAGCACCACUUCAACUUCUACCACCACCACAACCACCACCACCACCACUACCACCACCACUACCACUACCACUACGACUGUACCUCCGCCUCCUCAAUCACCAGAACCGUCUUUACUUUCUAGCAAGUCCAACGACAAGGUACUGGAAAUGGUGGGCAACAGUUCUGCCUUUGCUUCCGACGUACUGCCUGUGAGCGCGGGCGAUACGUUUGUACAUACUACUAGCAGCUAUCAGGCAUCUACCGAUAACCCGAAUGUAAAUAAAACUGAUCUAACCAUUGCAAGCACACGGAUCGCGGAGGGGAAUGUGACGAUUAGGCAAAAAGCGUUACCAAGUUCGGGAGAGACUGCAUCGACUGCACAGGCUACCGUGCCAGUGGGGAAACAGCUAGUAUACGAGCAGGAAGAAACGAACAGCACCCACUACUGCGAUCACUGCGCAGAGAACGAUAUCGAAAACCGAAUACUUACGGAUGAGUUCCCUUUGGUAGAGAUAGAGAGAUCGAUUGGCAGCACGGUUAGUGAGUCGUUUCUUCCUACUGCUCCCACUGUACCCAGCUCAUCGUUCGAUGUUCGUGUCCUUCUGGAGGAUACCGCUGAUGCUGAUGUUGUUCCCUUAUCCAUUACACAGAAACCGUUAGUGCCUGCAGCAGACACGGAAGCGAUGGAGACUGUGACAACGACAGCGACACCAACGACUUCUACUACCACACUGUUCACUACCGACGCUCAGGCAACUGAAGACCGGGACCGCACGGAAAUGACUACCGCCAUUCCUACUACUUCUACCAGCAUGCUUCCUAGUACCGCCAUUACCACUACCAUCAGCGAUGUAGACCGUUUCGAAUCGGUGUUUACUGUAACAGCUUCCAAUAACGAUGCCUUACUAAUAGACGAUGCUUCUUCUUCGAUCGCGACCCCAUUUUCGUCACAAACCGCUUCGGAACACCCUACAGCUCCUUCUUACAAACCUACAUUUCCAACACAUUCCCCGACCAUUGAACAAACAACUUCCACAACCAAUCCACCCGCCACCAUUGCGUUGACCGAUGUUAGCGAGGUAUGGAUGGAUGCUACCACUGUUGUACCGGGUACCAAAAUUGGAAUCGCCUCGUCGUCCGAAUCCAUCCACUCUACUGCUUCGACAACCAUCGUUGCUUACACUAACCAUAGUUCCACAUCCGGCAGCAGCAAUGCUCAAGUAGGCCCAAGCGAACCAUCGACUACUAGCUCUCCUGACCCUGCUACCAGUAGUAGUAGUAGUAGCACACCAUUCAUCAUCACUCCCAUCACCCCAAUUGCUUCUACCAUCACCACCACCACCAUCACCACCACUGGUUCGAAUCAGACGAGCUCCACCGCAUACGUUACGUCACCACCAAUGACCGUAAGUAAGACACUUCACUCUAUCCCAUCUGUUUCCUCCGAUGUCACCAUCACCACCACCACUCGCCCAUCUCCUUCCGAUCUGCUGGCUCGGCUCGGUUUUGCCUCGAAUUCUCUCGAACCUACCACCGACGUGUACCGACCGAGAUUCAAAAUGCGCAUACCGAUCUUGCCAAUUGGUUUCCACGAUUCGGCCGCGGUCUCUGUCCCGCGGGCGGUAUCAUCCCUCAAUAGAACUUCGCUUACCUCGUUUACGACUGUGGCACUGUCAAGCACAACUACAGAUAGUACGGUUCGGGACAAACCGACGAGUCCCUCUGCUUCCGUAACGUCCACUACCACCACCACCACCACCACCACCAACAUCCCAAUUCCUGUGGUGAACACAGCUUCGCAUUCGGCUAGCAAACGAUCGCGCGGGAUCGUCGUGUACGGCAUUCUGCCAAACAAUACCGUCGUUCGGCGGGUGAUUGGUGGAGACGACGAAGACGAGGAUGUGCGAACAACGACGGAAAACGUGCGGAUCGUGUAUGGGAUCUUUCCAAACGGUACGGUGGCGAAACGCUAUCCGAACGGUACGAUCGUGCCCGAGGUCAAGCGCCACAGCCCCGUGGAAGUUACCAACAUCGAUCCGCGUGAGCUACGCAACCCCAACAGUGCCAUCUAUCGCACCACGGAAGUUCCGCCAUUGUUACGAUCGUUGGGACACGCUCCUGCCACUAGCACCACUACCCGUACUACUACUACUAGCACUACGAUAUUCACCAAGCCAACUACUGUUAGCACCACCACCACAACCACUGCGAAGAGUCCUGUUGUUGUCUAUAGUACUACUACCGCUCUACCUUCUAGUAUCACUUUUUCUACCACAAUGAACCAACCCACGGGUACGACAACUAUUAUCGAAAUAUUGCGCAAGUACAAUGAAGCGAACCAGUUGGAUGCAAAGGUGAAGUCGGACAAUGUGUUUAGCUUAGCGGGAGGCAAAACAAAACCAUCAAACAAAACGAAUGCAACUACUGCUGCUGGUCCUUCCGCUACGACGACACAAGUUUCCUCGAAGGAAAAUUCAAAUAUUGGCAGUGUGCAUGAAGACGUGCGAGUCUCACGACCAAAUGCUCCGGAUUUAGUGUAUCGAUGGAAACCGAUCGUGCCAUCGAGUACCGGUCCGAACGAAAACGAAUUGAUUCCUACCACCAGUGAGGGAACGUUCACAACCGGAUCUGCCACACCUAGUGUAUCCGAGAAUACCGUGCCUGAUAUGGUAGGAGUUGGUAAAGGAAACUUUGGUUCGGUAGGAUUAGAGUUGGACAGUGGUGAAACCACGUUGACCAUGCCCAACAGCUCCAGCGGCGAUCAAAGCGAUGAGUUAACGCUCGAGAAAGUUAGCGACUUGAGUGCGGAGAAUGAAAAGAUUUUCUCGCCAAUUUCGGAACUUAACCUAUUUUCAACUUCAAGUGUACCUCCGGUGGAUGACACCACUUUAUCAACCACUGGGAGGUCAAUGAUCACGUCAAUUGUUGCGAGUACAAUACCGUUUCAGAGGCCAACCAGCCCAACAAUUACAACUAGCACUAGCCCAACAACUCCUCGGGUAGCAAUUUUUAGUACAACUUCUAGUACCAGCAGCAGCACAUCAACCACAACCGUGGCUCCUGUGACGAGCACAGUGAGGCCAACGACAAGCAGAAGUACAACACGCAAAACGACAACAAUCGUGUAUCCUUCUACUACACAAAGAACUCGUACCACAACAUUCUCCGAUGCGGAUGAUUUAGCUUUCUUGCGACAAUUGGCAAGAUUCUUGAACGGAGGACAGUCUCCUAAUAGUAAUGCAAGAAAAACGACAAGAAAACCCACUACAACUACAACCACUACUACUACUAGUACUACUACAACUCCUAAACCUACCACAACCACGACUACCAGCACAACCACGACAACUACAACAACAACAGCUGCACCGAACCCAACAACAACGCCGGGCUUAAGUACCGUCAUCAUUGAUAAGGAUGAUCCAGCCUUUCUAAACGAUGUGCGUAAAUUGCCCAACUUUGCAACACCAAAUCCCCUCGUCGAUACACCGCUGGCUAAUAGAAUACUUCAGCUUGCAAUACAAAGGGAUCCCAAGAGCAUCGCGCGAUUGCCCUUGAAAACGGGGAAUGAGUUUCCAUCGUACGAGAAGCCACGCACCGAGAGUCAGCCGAAAGAAAUUUCCAAACCGACCACGCUAUCUCCGGAGGAAAUAGAGAAAACGAAAAAGCAGCUAGAUCGGGAGGUACAGCAGUACAACAAUGAUUUGAAACUUCUUUCGAAUCUACUGGGACGGCCCAUUACGGAGAAGGAUAUACCGAGCCUUACCAAGCAGCUUGGAACAGGUGGCUCAGGGCCAUUGUUCGCCAAUGCAGGACUGUCGGGGACGCGAGCGGCACCAACCACGACGACUACGACGACGACAACGACGACCACGCGCAGGCCAACCUCAACAGCAGACGGUGAGCUGUUGAAGCAGCUGCUUCUCACCCAGCAACAGCAACACAAUAGCAGUCCAGCAGUUAUAGAGCGACCAGAGUUUUACGGUAAAACUAAUGAAGCAAUUUUGGCAGCCGUUUUGAAGCAGCGUGGCAUAGGUCCGGCAAACACGAACGGAAACAUUGAGGACAUUUUGGCGCAAAUAUCGCCCGGCAGCGUAGUACGGACGUCUACAUUACCUCCGAUAGUUAUCACAACGCCGCGACCCACGCCGAGACGCGUGCGUCCUCCCCAACCACCACCAUUACGAUCACAAAGCCCUAUUCUGGACGGUUUGAGUUGGCUGUGGCGCGAAUGGCAAGCGACAGCACCGCAACCACGUAAUCGAGUUCCCGGUGCGGGAAGUAGCGCCACCAGCGCCGUCCGUACAGGAACGUUUGGAUUGAGUGGCGGUGGUGGUGGUGGUGGUGGUAUUGGUGGUGGACUAGGCGGAGGCAGAACGGCUUCCUUAACACAAUCGUACGGAGAUGAAGGACUAGAUCCGGAUGCGAAACCAAUCAACCCCAGCGUGACGGAAGAACCACCGUCUCUGUUUGGCGGGUUUGGCAUCAAUCCCGGUGGACAACUGUUGAAUGCUGCGAUCGGUGUGACUCGUGCUGUAUCACAGUUCCUAGGCGUAGCGCUACAGGGAGCAGCCAAAUCGUUUACUUCCGCCUUUCGCCCACAACCACUCGCCGGCGAACCAGCGGCAGCGGACGAGCUGAGCUACUACCGCUACAGUGGUAGAUAA